AUUUGGCAUGUUAACACACAUGUGUUAUAAGAAGGUAAUAGUUGCCUAAGUGGCCUUGUCUGUUCAUCUCAGGAGAGACUGCAGUAUUCAUUCAUGCCAUUGGGUAAUUGUAGUGAGGCAAUUAUGUAUCACAUUUUGAAAGAGUCAUCUGAAAAAAAAAAAAGAGUUCAUGGCUGAGAUGACUCAGACUUAAUUAUCUUGAUGUUUCGGCUUCUGCGUUCAAGGUGCACAGUAGAGAACACUCCUGCUUCGAAGGUGAAGGGAGCUGAAGAUACUCCCCAGUUUUGGACUCAUCCCGAGCUUGAGAUGCGAACAAAGCAGGUCCCAGUCCUCGGGGCAUGCUUCCUCCUGUGGAGUCUCUACAUCGCCUCCUCCCAGACUGUUUACCCUGGAAUCAAGGCGAGGAUCACCCAGCGUGCACUCGACUAUGGUCUUCAAGUUGGGAUGGAGAUACUGGAGCAGCUGGCAAAGGAAAUCGUCAUCCCAGAUUUGAACGGUUCUGAGUCUCUUAAGUUUCUGAAGAUCGACUAUGUAAAGUACAACUUCUCAAACAUAAAAAUCAAUGCCUUUUCAUUCCCAAACACCUCACUGGCCUUUGUACCUGGGGUAGGAAUCAGAGCUCUGAGCAAUCACGGCACUGCCAACAUCAGCACCAACUGGGACGUCAAGGCUCCACUUUUCCAAGACUCGGGAGCUGCCGAUCUGUUUCUCUCUGGAAUCUACUUUACCGGCAUCAUCGUCUUCACCCGGAAUGACUUUGGUCACCCAGCUCUGGAACUGCAAGACUGCCAUGUACAAGUGAGCCACGCCCGAGUCUCAUUUUCUGGAGGCCUCAGUGUCCUGUAUAACUCCUUUGCUGAGCCCAUGGAGAAACCCAUUCUGAAGAAUUUAAAUGAAAUGCUUUGUCCCAUUGCCAUCAGCCAAGUGGAAGAGUUCAACGUCAACAUCAGCGCGCUGGAGGUUUUAACCAAGAUUGACAACUACACUGUGCUGGAUUGUUCUCUGAUCAGUCCUCCGGAAGUCACCGAGAACCACCUUGACUUUCAUUUGAAGGGUGCGUUCUACCCACUGGAAAGCCUUGUUGACCCUCCCUUCACACCAGCUCCCUUCGAGCUCCCAGAGAGCAGAGAUUCCAUGCUCUACAUUGGCGUCUCUGAGUACUUCUUCAAAUCUGCAUCAUUUGCUCACUUUGUAUCUGGGGCCCUUGGUACUGUGCUGUCCACCAGGGAGAUUUCCAACUAUUUCAAUCAAAACGCUCAAGGAAUUGGCAGCGUGCUCUCCAAGAUUGCGGAGAUCUACAUCUUGUCCCAGCCAUUCAUGCUGCAGAUCAUGGCCACAGGGCCUCCUGUGGUCAACUUACACCCAAACAAUUUCAGCCUGGAGCUCCCUGCCGCUGUCAUCAUGCUCACUCAACCGGAGAACUCUACCAUCCAACCCAUCGUCUCCAUGGACUUUGUUGCUAGUACCAGUGUUGGCCUGGCUAUUUUGGGACAAAAACUGAUCUGCUCCUUAUCUUUGAACAGAUUCCGCCUCUCUUUGCCAGAGAACAGCCCACGGGAUAUUAAGGUUGUGAGAUUUGAGAAUAUCCUGUCUUCCAUUCUUCACUUCGGAGUCCUCCCACUGGCCAACACAAAAUUGCAGCAAGGGUUUCCUCUUCCCAACCCCUACAAUAUCUCAUUCGUCAACUCGGAUAUUGAAGUUCUUGAGGGUUUCCUUCUGAUUUCUACUGACGUGGCACAUGAAACAUCCUCAAAGCAACAGCCAAAUCUCCACAGCUGGGGGCAUCUGAACAUGGUACAUGGACCACGGAAAAAACAGCCAAUCCACUGACGGCCUGUGCGCAACCUACCCCAGGAAGUAAACAGCCUUCAGUCCCACAGAAACAGUAAACUGGAAAGUGAAGGCACCUUGGGUAUUAAAGCCCUUGUGAAAACAGUCUCUUUCUGGAGCCCUAAGAGACCUAAAGUGAGGCCGACUAAGUUCAAGUGCGGAACAGGGACAAGGUAGUGGGAGUGGGAAUCUAUGUAUGUGAGCAUAUGUAAGCACGUUGUGUGCCUGUGUUUAUCAUUUGUGGGAAAGAGUGGGGCAUGUGGAUCUGACCAGGUGGGUAAGGAACUGUGUGUGUGUCUGUCUCUCUCUCUGUGUCUGUCUGUCUUUCUCUGUGUGUCUGUCUGCCUGUCUCUCUGUGUGUCUGUUUGUCUGUCUCUGUGUGUGUCUGUCUCUGUGUGUGUGUGUGUCUGUCUGUCUGUCUCUCUCUCUCUCUCUCUCUCGUGUGUGUGUGUGUGUGUGUGUGUGUGUGUGUGUGUAUGUGUGUAAGACUGUCUUCUCUACUUUCGUUGGACUUUGUGUUUUAUGUUUACUAUUACUGUCCUGUGUCCUGUGCUUAAUUAAAAUUGUUUUCUAUCAAUGUCAGUACCUGUGUGUGAAAGCUCCUGCCCUGAAUUUAUUUUAAUAAAAUAUGACAAAAAAAAUGGAAAAGACUUCAUUCUCUUUCCAACUUUGGCAAAGACUGAAGUUCUACAAAUAGCAAUAUUAAAAGGGAGCCGAGAGCCUCUUAAAUCUUU